GAAUAAAAGCAAAGAUAUAGAGAAGAAUGCGAAAAAACUAGAAAUAACCUCAACAUGCUUAGAAGCGAGCCAGAAGCAUGAACUAGCUCAAGCUCUACAUAGUAACCUCUCUACAGACUGGUCUGAAGAUACUGAAAAGGAGUUUUCAGUAAGUGAAGACUUAACAGACACGGCAUCAAGCUCUUUAGAAAAGACAGAUAAUUUGUCAGAUCAAGUUAUAGAACAUUCUAGAAAAACCUUAGAUAAAUCGAAUGAUCUAUAUACACCAAAAAUUUCAAAGACAG